AUGGGCAAGAAGACAAAAGAAAUUGAUCCCGAUUUAAGGAAACUAAUUGUAAAACUCCGAGAUGAGGGGAAAACUCUGCGGGAAAUCGGGAAAAUUGUUGGCAGAGCUCAUUCCUCUAUACAAAGAGUGCUCGAAAACUUCGAUUUAAACGGGUCAAUUAGGUCAAAGCCACGUUCUGGAAGGCCACCUAAGCUGACGGAUCGAGAGAAGCGGGACGUUUUGAAGAGUGUGAAGCUGAAUCCUCGAUUAACAGCCUUCAAAAUUACUCAGGACAUCAAGGAGAAGUUCAACAAAGAUCUUCAUGAGGAUACAAUCCGAAAAAUUUUGAAGAAAGAGGACUUACAUGCCCGUACCGCGCGGAAGAAGCCCUUAAUAUCGCCGGCCAAUAAGAGAAAGCGAACAGAUUUUGCCAAAAAAUUUGUCCAGGAGCCUGCAGUGUUCUGGAACAAGGUCCUAUUCAGCGACGAGUAA